AUGACUUCCAAUAGUGAAUCUGAAGUAAAUGAAAAUGUUUUAUCUGAUUUAAAUCAAACACCAGCUGAACAACAGCCUAUACAAGUCGAUGAUUCAAAUAAUGAAAAUUUAAAUACUGAUGAAUCUCCAUCAACAACUACAACUCGAACAUCUGGACAAACAGCAAUCGGUGCUAAACUUGUUAAAAAAUUAGAAACAUUAGCAGCUAGUUCUAAAGAAAAUAAACAAUCUAAUGGUAAAACUUCAACUGUAGUAGCUAGUGGAAAUGGGAGUGCUUCUUCAGCAAAUGCAAAUAAUAAUGAAUCUGAAUCACGUCGAAAUAUAAAUAAAGUAGCAAAAAAUUUGUUAAAAAGUUUAACUGAUCCAGAUCCACAAAAAAAUCUAUUAAAUUUAGCAGUAAAAGUUGCUGAAUAUCAAGAACAAAGUCGUACUUCGCAAACAAAAAUACAUGAACUAGAAAAAAAAACAGCAGUUCUUAUGCGUGAAAGAGAUCAAGUAUUACUUGAAAAUGGAAGAGUAUCAGCUGCUAAAGCAAAAUUAGAAAGUUUAUGUCGAGAACUUCAUCAACAUAAUCAACAAAUUCGAGAUGAAAGUAUUCAACGACAACAAGAAGAUGAAACAAAACGUCGAGAAUUAGCUACAAAAUUUCAAACAACGAUCGAUGAAAUUGCUUCGCAAUUAUCAAAUUAUAGCGAAAAAUCGACAUCGUUACGUGAACAAAAUAUUAAAUUAUCUGAACAAUUAGCAUCGGUUGUUAAAGAUUAUGAAUUGCGAGAAAAAGAAGUUGAAACAACAUUAAAGAAAAAAGAACUUGAAUUACGUUUAACUGAAGCUACAUUAGAACAAAGUCGUGUAUUACUCAAUGAACGAACAGAAUUAAUUAAACAAGAACGACAAGUCAGUGAAGCUGAACAAUUGGUUCUAUAUAGAAAAUGUGAAGAAUUAGCUCAAUCAGAAUUAAGUCUACGUUCGCAAGUAACAGUUUAUGCUGAACGAUAUCAAGAAUUUCAAAAUGCUAUUCAACAAAGUAGUCAAAUGGUUACAUCAUGUCAUAGUGAAAUAGAAAAAAUGGGAAAGAAAAUAAAAAAAUUAGAAAAAGAACGAAAUGAUUUUCGUCAUCGAUGGGAAAUUGCUGAAACAAGUCAACGAAAAACAAGUGAAGAUAUGAAAUUAUUAGAAAAAGAAAAACGACAAUCAGAUAUUAAACUUGAUAAAUUAGAUAGAUUAUGUCGAGCAUUACAACAAGAACGAUUAGAUUUACAAGGAACAAUUAAAAAUUUAACAAAAUCUUCAUCUAUCACUCCAAGUGAGAAUUGUACACCAAGUUCUACUACAGCUUCAUCAACUUUAGAAACAGAUAAAAUUGCUACUGUUGAUGCUUCAAAAUCUUCAGAAACACCAACAAUAAAUGAACAUGAUGUAGUAGAAAAUAAUGAAGUUGUAUCAACAACAACAACAACAACAGCAGAUACGGAUGGAUCACCUAAUCUUUAUGAUAGUGAAUUGGGUCGUAUUGCUAAGACAGUUGAUUAA